AUGGGGAGGGAGCUGAGGCCCCAAAGUGCAGGCUCGGAGAUCAAGGGUCCGCUCCAGAGCCGGGACAAGUCGGGCCCUGAGGGCGCGGCGGCCCGCGGGACCCUGACCCAGCGGCCCGAGGCGGUGUCCCGCUGUCCCGCGCUCCUCGGCGACAGUGGACCCCGGGCCGCAGGCGCCUCCGCAUGUGGCAGCGCAAUUGGGCUUAGGGUCCACGUGUUCGGGCUCCAGUCCCAGCACGAAGCCCAGGGCUCCAGCUGCUGGCGGGUGCGGGCUGAGGAAGUGACUCGGAGCCGCGCUGGAGCUCUGAGGUCUGGGGCACCCCCAAACCCCGACAGUCCGCACGCCCCAAGUCCCCAGUUCGGCCAGCGCGGGCCCAACGCAGUGCCAACCGUGGAGAACAUCAAGGUGGGCCUGCACGAGAAGGAGCUCUGGAAGAAGUUCCACGAGGCCGGCACCGAGAUGAUCAUCACCAAGGCGGGCAGGAGGAUGUUCCCCAGCUACAAAGUAAAGGUCACAGGCAUGAACCCCAAGACCAAGUACAUCCUGCUGAUCGAUAUCGUCCCUGCUGAUGACCACCGCUACAAGUUCUGUGACAAUAAAUGGAUGGUGGCGGGGAAGGCUGAGCCCGCCAUGCCAGGAAGGCUGUAUGUUCACCCGGACUCUCCCGCCACUGGGGCCCACUGGAUGCGGCAGCUGGUCUCCUUCCAGAAACUGAAGCUGACAAACAACCACCUUGACCCCUUCGGCCAUAUCAUCCUCAACUCCAUGCACAAGUACCAGCCGCGGCUGCACAUUGUGAAGGCAGACGAGAACAACGCUUUCGGCUCCAAAAACACAGCUUUCUGCACCCACGUGUUCCCAGAGACCUCCUUCAUCUCGGUGACCUCCUACCAAAACCACAAGGAUCUGCAGAAGCUUCUUGAGAAGCGGGCGGGCCGCAGCACCAAGGGCACAGCGCGGUCCUUUAUGAAGGAGACCCGGGCAUCUGUGCUCUGGUGCCAGGCAGACGCAGACAACAGGGACGGUGCACGACACCUGGACCUACCCUGCAAGAGGCCGUACCUGGAAGCCCCUUCUUCCGUGGGGGAGGAUCACUACUUCCGCUCUCCUCCUCCCUAUGACCAACAGAUGCUGAGCCCCUCCUACUGCAGCGAGGUGACCCCCAGAGAAGCCUGUAUGUACUCAGGUUCAGGGCCUGAGCUGGCUGGGGUGUCCGGGGUGGACGACUUGCCCCCGCCGCCACUGAGCUGUAACAUGUGGACCUCGGUCUCACCGUACACCAACUACAGCGUCCAGACCAUGGAGACUGUGCCCUACCAGCCCUUCCCCACGCACUUCACCGCCACCACUAUGAUGCCCAGGCUGCCUACCAUCUCGGCCCAGAGCUCCCAGCCGCCUGGAAACACCCACUUCAGCGUCUACAACCAGCUCUCCCAGUCUCAGGUCCGGGAGCGGGGGCCCAGCACCUCCUUUCCAAGAGAGCGUGCCCUCCCGCCCGUGUGUGAGCGGAAACCGCCCUCUCCACACCUGAGUGCCGCCAAUGAAUUUCUCUACUCCCAGAGCUUCUCCUUGUCCCGAGAGUCGUCCUUACAGUACCAUUCAGGAAUGGGGACCGUGGAGAACUGGACUGAUGGAUGA